CGUUGCUGAUCAGUGAACGGAUUAGCCAUGGAAUUGUGGAGGUGCCUGCUGCUCUGCCUGGGGCUUACAUCGAUGGCUGAUCUGGUGGUGCCACUGUGCGUUCCGCCGCUCGACCACUGCAUUGAAGAUAUGGAGGUGGCAGAUGCUAAAGAGCGCUUGGACUAUGUCCUAGCCAAAUAUGAGGAGCUGGAAAUGAAAAUUCCCGGCGAGCCAGUUGGAUUGCACGGCAAAUUGGUAACGCGCGGAGAAAUCGAGGAGCAUCACAUUGUGUUCCGGUAUAUGGACAAUACACCAAAUGACAUCAUCCAGACCUGUGCGUUUGUGGUCACCAAUGCGCCCGGUCACUGCGAGACUAUUGGGACGUUCUGUUCGGGCUUUCUGCCCCGCAUGCCGCGUCCGUUGCUGGCACGCAAGUCGCUGAACGUCUGCGAGGAUGGGGUACAUGUAGCGGAAGACGAACCGGAACCGGAAGAGGAGGCCGAUCCCGAGGAAGAGGAUGACCAGCAGAACGAUGAAGCGGAGAGACCGAUGAAGGAUGAGACUGAGGCAGCCCCAUCGACAGAGGCAACCAAAGUUAAUGAGUUUCUGUGAUUUCAACACGACGACAAGCUCCCCAUGUUCUCCCACAUUAUCGUUUCCAAGCAUCCCAAAAGUAUUCUACGAUUACUUCUAUUAACUCCUAACAUUUCCCUUUGGCUGUGCCAUGUCAUGGCUUUCCCAAGAUUCAGUUAGAAAGCUUCGCUCUGGUCCGUUCCGAGAGCAGCAACAACUAUGCGGCUUUAUAGUUCGACAUCCGAACCGGGCUCCUUAGAUGGCGCCUGCGCCUGAACGGAGGGCUGCACAGUGGUACUAAAGUGUGGCAGAAUUGUUAGGAAAUAAGUAUCUUAUUUCUAUCUGUGUAAAAUUGUGUAUUUUAUUAAAAAAAUUAU